AUUUACUGUCUUCAUUUUAGAUAUGAUGGAAGUGAAAGAGGAGAGUCAAGCUGAAGUGGAUGAUAAACAUCAGAUUGUAAAAAUAAACCAUAAUGUUUCACAGAAAGAAACUCUGAAGACAGAAGACAUAAAGUGUGAAAAUAGUUUCAGAGAAGAUGAACGCCCUGCAGAUCACAAGAGGACUCACAGUGAGAAGAAACCUUUCACAUGUCAACAAUGUGGAAAGAGUUUUAGAAGAAGAGAUCACCUUAAAGCACACAUGAGGAUUCACACCGAAAACAAAAGACACGUGUGUCAUCACUGUGGAAAGAGUUUUACAACUGCAGGUGAACUUAAGAUACACAUGAGGACUCACACUGGAGAGAAACCUUACACUUGUCAACGAUGUGGAAAGAGUUUCACCUCUCAAUCAAGCCUUAACCGGCACAGGAAAACUCACAGUGGGCAAAAGCCACACGCAUGCCAACAUUGUGACAAGAGUUUCCCAGAUACAAGUAAACUUAAGAUACACAUUAGAGUUCACACUGGAGAGAAACCAUUCACGUGUCAUCUGUGUGGAAAGAGUUUUAUAAAAAAAUGUUACCUUAAUGUACACCUAAGUAGUCACACUGGAGAGAAACCAUACGUGUGUCAACAUUGUGGAAAGAGUUUCAGGACAAAAACAAACCAUAAUGUACAUUUGAUCACUCACACUAAAGAGAAACCGUUCACAUGCCAAGAGUGUAAAAAGAGUUUCAAAAAUAAAUGUAACCUUUUAACACACGUGAGAAGUCACACUGGAGAGAAACCUUACAUAUGUCUUCAGUGUGAAAAGGGUUUCACAAGUGACUUCAAUCUUAAGAGACACAUGACAAUUCACACUGCAGAAAAACCGUUCCCAUGUCAACAGUGUGGAAAGAGUUUUAGAAUAAGAGCUGACCUUAAUGAACACCUAAGAAUUCACACCGGAGAGAAACCAUACGUCUGUGAUCAGUGUGGAAAAAGUUUCAGGACGAAACCAAAACUUACUGUACAUUUGAGCACUCACACUGAAGAGAAACCGUUCACAUGCCAUGAGUGUCAAAAGAGUUUCAAAACAAAAGCUACCCUUAACACACACAUGAGAAUCCACACUCGAUAAACCAUUCAUGUGUCAACAGUGUGGAUAUGGCAACAAAGUUUAUAAAUCAGCUGAGGUCUUAUUAAUAAAACUGUCUGGAUGAUCCUUACUAAAAGUCUACAUGCGCACAAAAACCAACAAUGGUGUACAGCAAAAAAGAUUCAGGCCAUUUCUCAAUAUGCGUUCUUGUCUGUACUUGUGUUCUUGUGAAACGUCAUCAGUCGCGGCCCAAGUACUGUUCCAAUUCCAAGUUCACAUCAAGUCAAGUUCACAUAACAUCUCAGGAUGUGUUCUUGAUCCGCUCAUUUUUGGGCGACACAGCGCCUCACAGCAAGAAGGCCCCCGGUUCAAGCCCCGGCUAGGGCAGGUGGCCUUUCUGUGUGGAGUUUCUGCAUGUUCUCAGUGUCAGCGUGGGUUUACUCCGGGUACUCCGGUUUCCUCCCACAGGCCAAAAACAUGCAAGUUAGGCAAAUUGGAGACACCAAAUUGUCCCAACCUGUGUAUGGAUCAACUGGUUCUCGCCAUGAAUAUAGCCAUAGAUGCUGGAAUGGCGUUAAGAAAUAAAGGAAGAAGAAGAAGAUCCGCUCAUUUUAUUGAGGAUGCAUCAGGAGGUGACUUGUGUGGACUUACGACAGCCAAGUUUCCCAGAAUGCAUUUUGCGUCAACGGCAACGGAGCUUAAAACCGGCACAAUAUUUGAAAUACUACUCUUUCUGUGUCAUAAAAUGCAACCGUUUAGUUGAUGAGUAUAGAUGAAUAAACUUUAAAUCUGUGGUCAGUUUCCUCUGUCAGUGCAAUGUACACCGCCAAGGGCAGCCUAAAAGUAUCUGAUGGUCAAACAUGAAAUGUUCCCUUUGGAUAUAUCUAACUUGCAUUUUUUGGUCUCAUCAAUUUAUUUCUCUUUAUUAUUCAUAUGAAGUCUGUUAUUUGUUGUUAUUGUUUUAACUGAUGUUAAAUUUAAGUUUCAUAACUUAAAGCAACACUAUGUAGUUUUUUUACCUUUAAAUAAUGUCUCUAAAAUUAUUUCAGUGAUAGAACAACUUUUAAAUGGACAAAUUGUACUGUUGCUGCAACCUGAGCAGCCUCCUAGCUGCUACAAGCACACUCUGAAAGUGGCGGUGGAGGGUAGGAAACACAGCCCCGCCCCUCCCCCUGCCUGCAGAAGAGUGUCUGAUACCAGGCACAGUUGCGCUUUUCAACCACAUGGGGGAGCUGUAAGUCAUUUUUACACGGAAACUACAUUGUGUUGCUUUAAAUCACAUAUAUUUUCAAUACAAUCUUAACACUGACUCACUGCCUUUGUACUUUAACUAGAUUUUUAUUUGUGUUUCCUUCAUGUUGUACAAAAGUUUUGUACUUUUAUAAUAAAUGGUUGUGUUUUAUAUCAUAUUUCAUUUUGUGUAAUAAAUACAUUAAUCAGUGUACUUGUUGCCUGAACCACAUAUUUGUAUUUUCUAAACGAAAACAAGUAAGGUUUUUGCAUUUUAUAUCAUUUGUUUUAUCGCAAAAAUACAUUAAAAUAACCCAAGGCUGCAC